CUUGCAUUCUUCACAUGUACACAACACAUGUUGGGAAACAAAGAAGGUGCAACUCAGAGGUUUUUCUCCAUUUCUUCCAGCAGGGGGCGGUGGUGUUCACACACAUCUCUGGUCAUGAUGAGCAUGCUCUGAGCUCUGGCCGGCUGUGAUGCAGGGAGGAGAGAGGGGGUGCUUCUUUUCUUAUGCAUCACCGGCAGUAUUCGGAGCUGGUGGGCGGUGCAGACCCCUGAACAUCCUGACGGUCUGCGGAGACUGACCCUAAAGAUGCGGUAGGGAGGGUGCUGCUGCUGGGGGAGCGGUGUCAUAUUUUACAUUUUUGCCGGAAACAAGCAGUUGGAUUCGGUGGAAGGAAAAACAACUGCAUGAGAUCAACAGACCUUCUUUGUCUGCAAAACCUCUGAAUGCAGGAGAAGAAACAGACAAUAGUUUUGUUUUGGGAUUUGCUUCCAAGCCUUUGAGUUUGAGGCUGUGUGCGCGCUGAGAUUUUGCUUUUUUAAGGCCACUUUUUGGAAGUGAUGUUAAAUCAGCUGUUGGUCGUUGGGAUGAAAGAGACAAAACAGCUGUGAAGGGAUGACUGUGCGUAAACAUCCUCUGACCUGCCCAGGAUCUGCUUAUGAGUCUUCGUCGGCUUCCAGCCAGGGAUGACAUACAGUGGGCGGUGAUGCAAUGUGGUGAAAACUGUCACUUUUGAUUUACAUCUCAGGCCUUGCUCGACGCAUCUGUGGGAGUCGGCUGUGUUUACAAGUCGGACAACCAGAUUGAAUGUUGGCUAACUGACAGGAUUGCAGCCAGGCCUUUGUAAACAAACACACUGCAGAAUUGAAGGCCAGCACGCAUCCACAGACGCUGAUCACACUUGUUUGUGCCGGUAGAUGCUCUUUUCUCUGACGCUCUUUCUGUGGAGGCUCUAUCGAUACUUCUCCAUCAUGUUCAGCUCUGAGAGACUCACCGUCCCGGAUUAUGUCAGCCGACUGCAGAGAGGGAGGAGCGGAUCCGGAUCCGACCCCAGAGCAGUCUCUCCGGGCAUCAAUGCCGACGUCCAGGCGGUGUUGGACACUUCACUCCCCGCCCUGCGCUGCGCCAUCAGGAGGCUGAAGUCGGCCAAAGAAACCUCUGAUUCAGAUGAGACCCGCAGGGCCAUCGCGGAGAUCUUUCAGCUAGUGGAGGAGGCAUGGGUUUUGCCGACUGUAGGCCGUCAAGUGGCCGAGGAGAUCUGCAACAGAAUCCGGCUGGAUGGAGGCCUGGAGCUGCUGCUUCAGCUCCAACAAACACCUGCUGUAGAGAUCACCUAUGAGUCUGCAAAACUGCUGGAGCAGAUACUGAUCUCAGACAACAGAGAUUAUGUAGCUCGUUUGGGUCUGGGGGUCAUCCUCAACCUGACCCGACAGCAGGAAGAUGCCCAGCUGGCUCGCAGCGUCUCGGGGAUCCUGGAGCACAUGUUCAAACACACUGAGGAGACGUCCAUCCACCUCAUCACUAACGGUGCCCUGGAUGCCCUCCUCUUCUGGUGCCGGGGUACAGAUCCCACUGUGCUGCGACACUGUGCUGUGGCCCUAGCUAACUGUGCCAUGUAUGGAGGUCACCACUGCCAGCGAUGGAUGAUUGAGAAACAGGCAGCCGAGUGGCUUUUCCCACUGGCUUUUUCCAAAGAGGAUGAACUUAUUCGUUUCCACGCAUGCCUGGCUGUGACUGUGUUGGCUGCAAACAGAGAAAUUGAGAAGGAGGUGGUGAAAUCUGGGACCUUGGAGCUGGUGGAGCCGUUCAUUGCAUCUUUGGAUCCGGAUGACUUUGCCCGCAGUUUAUUGGACAGUGCAGACAGCAUGCAGGGGAGGACAGCAUCUGAUCUGCAGCACCUCUUGCCAUUACUGGAUGGCACAAGACUGGAGGGAAAGUGCAUUGCAACCUUUUACCUUUGUGUUGAGACCAGCAUCAAGUCUCGUCAGCGCAACACUAAGAUAUUUCAAGAGAUUGGAGCGGUGCAGAGCCUAAAACGAAUCGCCAUGUACUCCAGUAAUGGCACAGCCUGUGGCCUUGCCAAGCGUGCGCUGAGCAUGAUGGGAGAGGAAGUGCCAAAACGUAUCCUGUCAUGUGUUCCCAACUGGAAAACCUGUGAGGUGCUGAGGUGGCUGCAGCAAGUGGGCUUCAGUACCUAUUGUGACCGUUUCCAGGAGCUGCAGGUGGAUGGAGACCUCCUGCUGAACAUCACGGACCAGGAUCUGAGCAGUGAUCUGGGCAUGACUGCGAGCCUCACCAGAAAAAGGUUUCUGAGAGAUCUGCGUGUGUUGAAAACAUAUGCCAACUACUCCACAUGUGACCCAAACAACAUUGCUGACUGGUUAGUUGAGGUGGACCCUCGUUUCCGUCAGUACACCUAUGGUCUGGUCCAGUCAGGAGUGGAUCGCAACAGCGUCCAGAACAUUACCGAUCAGCAGCUUCAGCAUGACUGCUGCAUAGACAACGGAGUCCACAGAGCUAAGAUACUGUCUGCUAGCCGCAGGCCUAUAAAACCCUGCCAUACAGAUGCCCAACCUGCAGGGCCCGACGUCUUCAUAAGCUACCGUCGAACUACUGGCUCCCAGCUAGCUAGCCUUCUGAAGGUGCACAUGCAGGUUCGAGGAUACAGCGUCUUCAUAGAUGUGGAGAAGCUGGAGGCCGGUAAAUUCGAGGACAAACUGAUCCAGAGCGUACAGCGAGCGCGUAACUUCAUCCUGGUUCUGUCAGCCAACGCGCUGGACAAGUGCAUGGGAGACACUGCCAUGAAAGAUUGGGUGCAUAAGGAGAUAGUCACGGCCCUGGCUUGUAAGAAGAACAUCGUUCCUGUCACAGAUAAUUUUAUGUGGCCAGACCCCAUGUCUCUGCCAGAGGACAUGAGAGCAAUACUCAACUUCAAUGGCAUCAAAUGGUCCCAUGAAUAUCAGGAGGCAACGAUUGAGAAGAUCCUUCGCUUUCUGAAAGGACACGAAGACCAAAUUGAUGGCCCAGACGCCUCCAAAGGACAGAAAAACAAAUAAAGUGACAUGAGCAGAGUUUGAACUCAGCUAUAAUAACUUUCAAUGAUGCCAAAUUCCACAUGGCCUAAGGUGAACUGGCCGGCAGCUUCCCCUGCUCUGCCCAAAUGCACGUGAAGUGAAUUUGAUUGCGUUUAGAUUACAUGCUCACAUUAAUACCUAAUAUAAAAUAAACCUAAUAUAUUGGAAAUGAUAAAUGGAAUUUAAAAAAAGGGAGUUGAGAUUGUAUGUGCUAAACUGUAAGCCUUUAAUGUUAGUAUCCACACACUGCUGUAUAUGUGUUAUCAGGUACAAUAUAAGCCUUUUGUCUCUCAGGAAAAGAACUGUGAUAGAUCAGCCGCCACUGGCACCCAGCAAAAUCAUCAAUAGCAAUUUUGGAGGCAUCCACUAACACUUCAGUCGUCAUGAAAGUCAUAGGCAAUCAUCUUUUAUUUAACCCAUUUACAAAACAUUCACAGGACCAAAGCAGUUCUUACUGACAUUUGUGUUUUGUUUUUUUGUUUAGGCUGCGAUAGAAAAGAAACCUUUCCCAGCAUUGAAUUGGUUUCAUGAUGAGUAUCCACGGUGGGUGUAGUCCAAGCUGGAGGCAUACUGUACAGAAAUAAAUGAGCUACAUACUAUAUAACUGCACACCUAAUUUAACCAAGAUUUAAGGAGUGUACAGGCAAUGGAAAACAUGCAUAUGGUAUUAAAUUUUUCCUUCCUUCUGGAAAGUAGAUUAAAAAAAAAAGUUCUCUUUGAAUUAACUUUAAACGCUCAAAAAUGCACCAGUAACUCCUGUAAAAUGAUAAUACUUCCAUUUGUGUCUUGAUGACUGCUGUAGCAACAUAGUGCAAUACAUUAAACUAUGAUUUAAUACUGUU